UAAGCAAUAAUGUUCUAAUUUUUUGAAAAGAAUCUGCGGAAUAUGCGCAAGAAUCUGCGCAUAUUCUUGCGCAUGCGCAAGCAAAAAAAGAAUAUUCGCGAAUUUGCCCAACACUAGACAUAAGUAAACGCAAUAAUCCGUAACGAAGGUUUCUUUAGGGUAACGACACCUUCCAACCUUUCGUUAUGUAAAGAGCCAAAAACUGGUCAAACCACUUCUUAACGAACGGAUAACGAAUCGGUAACGAAUUUCGUUAUGGUAACGCGAGUUCAUAAUAGGCCUCCAGCUGCGAAUCACUGAUAAGAAUGGUCAUGUAAUACGAGAUGAAGUGAAAUUUCAAAUUUUGACUGAUGAGAAAUUGAGAUGAAUAAUGAUUUACAACGAUAAAAAGUAAUUUAAUUCAUGAAAACUGGAAACUUGUAAUAAUUUCUUCAGAAGCAUGGCCCAUUUGAUUCGAACUGUGGAUCUGAACCAGGUGGAGAAAGCACUCUUCAAACACAUGAACGAUCUACGGAUGGAAACUUUGUUUUGCGAUGUACGAUUCAACGUCAACGGUACCAUCAUACCUUGUCAUCGAUUAGUUUUGUCCGCUAUAUCUCCUUACUUCAAAACUAUGUUCAAUGGUAAUUUUAAAGAAAGUAAUUCUGAUACCGUAACUAUGAACGAUAUUGAAACCGAAACAUUUGAAGAGAUUCUGAACGCUAUGUACACGGCUAGUAUUAGUUUUCAUCCGGGUAAUGCAUAUUUCAUCCUGAAAGCUAGUCACCUAUUUCAACUAGAGAUGAUAGAAAACGCUUGCGUCUCUUAUAUCAUGGAAUACCCCGAGAUCAACUUUUUAAUUGAAACCUGCGUAUUCGCCCGGAAUAUUCAACUUGAUAAAUUAUAUUCCAGCUGUAGCCAGACCAUAGCCAGCAGCAUUAUAGAAUAUGGAAAGACUAAUUCUUUCAAAAAAAUCCCUGUUGAUAUUUUUGAAAAAAUUCUCAUUGAUUUUCUACGUAUAAACAUAAAAGAAAGCGAAGAAGAACCUGUACUCCUGUUGAUAAUGAAAUGGAGUAAACAUAAUGAUGCCAGUCGUGAAGAUAUUGAAAGAUUUUUAGAUGCAGCUUAUUUGAAAUCGACUAAAUUAAUCAGUUCCUCGGUCAUGUCUCAAUUAUUGGUUUCUAGUGACGAUAAACCAAUAAAUGACGCGAGCGAAGGCAUUUCCGAAUUGCAUGAUAAUGAUUUUAAUUUACCCUUGAAUUUAUAUCUGAACGCCAUCGACGUAGAAACUGGCCAGAAAGGAUGGGGUGUUUUAAAACUGAACAGUGAUUUGGAUAAGCAUGUUCUAUCAUCAUUUCAUCCGACCAGUGCUUGGAGGAAAAAAGUUUGCAGAGUUGGAACGAAAGUGUAUUGUUUUGAAAUUCUUGUUAACAGUGACGGUGACGAAGAGGUAACGAAUUUUUUAUUGUAUGACGAGAAAGAUGGUACUAGAAUGCAUCUCUCAGCGCUGCCGGUGCCGGAAUCGCCGAAUUUUUCAAUUGAUGAGUUUGAAAUAACAGCUGUGGAAACGUCGAUAUAUCUAAUGAUAAAGAAGCCGUUUUUCUCCAUUUGGCUUUAUAAUUGUGAAUCGAAUACUUGGAAUGAUGUAGUGAGUGAAAAUUAUCACAACAAGAUUUAUUGUAACGUUUCCGCGUGCACUUUUUUGGAUGGAAGUUUUUACAUACUCGCUCAGGAAAAGAAGACCACAGAGAGUUGUCCCGGGGAGCCAAUCGAUUAUAUAUUCUCAAUUACUUGCAGCACUUUAAUCCUUAAAAAGUUAACUAAAGUACCGUUGAGAUUCAACGGGAAUUUAUGCUCGUACUUCUGUGCAUUUGAUAAUAGACUCGUCAUAUCAGCAGUGUAUGGGACGCGACGUCGCUAUGAAAAAAACACGCUUUUCAUUUUUGACCUUGCCAGCAGUCAGUGGUUGAUCAGUAUGGAGAAAAUGAGAAGAUGGCAUCUUAAUUUUUACCUGUUUCAUUUCAAUGGCUCUUUACACGUGGUGGAGAAUGAUCGAGCUAUGGUUCCCAACGAAAAAUAUGAUUUAUCUUCGUGUAAAUGGACUGAUUUACCAAACUUGCCGAAACAAGUCACGAUUUCAAAUACGAAUCGAGUACUGGCCACCGGAGAAGUGUUCGGUGCUGAUGUUAAUCAGUGAGUAAUUACUCCUUUUGAGAUAUCGUGUUUGUGUUUCUUUUAUUUUCAUUGUGAAAUGAUAUGCUUUUUGUUUCUGAUUUUCUAAAAUUCGAUUCAGUUUUUGUUCUUAUUUUGUAAUGUAUCUACCUCUACGUAACUCAUGUUAUCUAUGUGUAUAUCUAUUGUUUUUUUCUUGUCGUUCGUUUUGCAUUAUUUUGUAUGGUAUGAGCGCUCUUACAGUCUUGAAAUUGUUCGAUAUUUUUCAAUGAUUACGCUUAUUUUCAAAAAUAAAAUGAUAUCUACCUAAGUACAUUGAAAAUUUGUCAAUUAUGAUUUACUUAAGUUGGUGAAAUUUCUCGAAAUGAACGCAUAGGUGAAUUAAUACCUAGAUAGUAUAGAUAAGUAGGUACACUGAACUCGAAUGGUAGCUUAUGAGUAGGUAGAAAUGUGUGAAGAAGAAUCUAUAAAAAAUACAAAACAUCAAAUCCUUCAAUCUCAAAAAACCCGCGAUUGAUAUCACACAACCGCCGAGCUAUUGUUUUUGUACCUAUAUUUCUUUUUUGAAUGAAAUGUAUGGGGUAAAGUUUCUUCUUCAAGGGAAGUGUUUCUAAUCAGAGAUAACCUCAUAUUUUUGGUCAGUGGCUGAGCAAAUUGAGAGAAAUGAGAAAAUAUCAUGCUAAUUUUCACUUUUUUCAUUUCAAUGGCUCUUUUUAUGUGGUGGAGAAUGAUCGAGCUAUGGUUCCCAAUGAAAAAUAUGAUUUGUCUUCGGGUAAAUGGACUGAUUUACCAAACUUGCCGAAACAAGUCAGGAUUUCGAGUACGAAUCAAGUACUGGCCACCGGAGAGGUGUUCGGUGCUGAUGUUAAUCCGUGAGUAAUAAUUUUUUCUUUGAGAUGUCGCAUUAUUUUGUACAUAUUUUCAUUUAUUUGUAUGCUGAAAUUUUACCUUUAUUGUUUUUCAUUGCUGUUCUUCUAAAAGUUGAUUCAGUUUCUGUUUUAAUUCUGUAAUAUAACUCAUGUUAUAAAGUAGGUAGGUAGUAGGUACUUAUGUAUGUACAUAAUAUGUAGGUAUCUAUUGUUUUUUCCCUUGAUGUUUAUUUUGCAUUUGUGUGGCAUGAGCGCUCUUAUAUUCUUGAAAAAGUUUGACAUUUUUUAAUGAUGACUGAUGACGCUUAUUUUCAAAAAUAAAAUUAAUAUACAUUGAAAAUUUGUCAAUUAUUAUUACCGGACUUACAUUAUUGAAGUUUCUCG